UGAAAUUAGAACAAGGAGAUAUGACGGUGCGUCAAUAUGAUCCAAAGUUUACAGAGUUGGCACGAUUUACGACAUUUCUCAUACCGGAUGAGCUUCGUAAAGGGUAGAAGUUUGUUGAGGGACUGAAACCUUUUAUUCAUACUCGACUGGCGCCAUUUCUUAUUAAAAUGUAUACAGAAGCAUUGGAACGCCCUAACGCAAUAGAAAAAGACUUUGAUGAGCAUUGGAAGAACCGUGAGCCGAGGAAGGACAUGAGGAGUGGAGCCAGGACCACGCCCCAUUCAUCUCUCACACAACAUGAAGUAACUAAGCGGCAGAAGAUGAUGCCAACAUCAGUACCCAGUCAUGCUACUAUGCAACUUUCAACGCAAUUCACUGAGACUUGCCAUAACUGUGGAAAGGUGGGUCAUCCUGCCCGCCAUUGUCUUCUACCACCUCGUCAUCAAUAUCCAGGGAAUCAAGGACCACCAUGAUCGUUUUACAGGCCGCCUCUUCAUUAUGCACCGUCUACAUCAUAUCAACGACCUCCACCACCCCCUCAAAUGAUUCAGUCAACUGUGAGACCAGCACAACUUUAUCCUCAGAGGCCUGUACAGCUACAUCUACGAUACGAGCUGCCUGGACCCCCUCAAGCUUAUCCGAGACCACCUCAACAAUCGCGACAACAGGUCAAGCCUCCCCAAUAUCAACAACUGAGGCCAGAAAGUCAGGCGCCUCGACCUCAAGCUCAACGACAUGUUUACGCUCUAUCUUCAUUCACAAAUGAUCCAACCCAACUUCAGGAGUAUGAGGAUCCAAAUCGAAGCUAUGAUGAUCCAACGCCACCUCAAGAUGAUGCUGCACAAAUGUAUGAGACUACUGCUUCUGCUUAUGAGGACCCAGCACAACCUGCAGAUAUCACUCCUCAACAUGGUGCUGAAGCUACUAAUGAUGUGGUGGAAGGUUAUGAAUAUUUUGAAGAUGCAGGGUACUACUAUUAGUAGUGGAGCAUGGAAUGUGGUUAGAAGCACGUGGCAUGUCAUUCUACAUAGAAUAAAUUUUAUUUUAUUUUAGAACUCUGAGUGUAGUAAUGUUUGUGCUUGAUUUUCUUACUUCAAGUUAAGUUAAA